CUGACGCAGGCGCCCAACGUUUAACUUUCAUCCGCACUGUUCUGCCUCUGAAGACGACCGCUCCUCCAGCUCCUCCAGCUCCUGCAGCUCCUGCAGCUCCUGCAGCUCCUCCAGCUCCUCCAGCUCCCGCAGCUCCUCCUGGCUGGUUUCGUGCGUUUUUAUUCGCCAGGACGUCGUUGAUCUGUGCUGAUUUUUAUUAUUUCUCCUGGAGGAAAUCAAGAAGACAAAGAACUUUACACUGGUCGAUACUAGGGUGUCCGGCAUAACGCGGAGCACGCGGCGAACGGAGGACCCCCAGUGCACCUCGGAGGCUCGACCAGUUUUCAAAAUUUUUUCCAACUUCAGCCCUCAGACAAACAUUAGCAUGAUGUCGUAUCUAAAGCAACCACCUUACACAGUCAAUGGCCUCAGCUUAACCACUUCCGGCAUGGACCUCUUGCACCCAUCAGUGGGCUAUCCAGCGACGCCGCGGAAGCAGAGGCGAGAGAGGACUACUUUUACGCGCGCACAGCUCGACGUUUUGGAGGCGCUGUUCGCAAAAACUCGGUAUCCGGACAUAUUCAUGCGCGAAGAGGUGGCGCUGAAGAUCAAUCUACCGGAGUCCCGCGUACAGGUCUGGUUUAAGAACCGACGGGCGAAGUGUCGCCAGCAGCAGCAGCAGCAGCAGAACGGGGGCCAGAACAAGGUGCGACCUGCCAAAAAGAAAAGUUCCCCGACCAGAGAAGUGAGCUCAGAGAGCGGGGCCAGCGGACAGUUCACGCCCCCCACCAGCACCACCGCGGUCCCCGCCGUCUCCACCAGCACCGCCCCGGUGUCCAUCUGGAGCCCGGCGUCCAUCUCUCCGCUCUCGGACCCCCUGUCUACCUCCUCCUCCUGCAUGCAGAGGUCCUACCCCAUGACCUACACGCAGGCCUCGGGCUACAGCCAGGGCUACGCCGGCUCGACGUCCUACUUCGGCGGCAUGGACUGCGGUUCCUACCUCACUCCCAUGCACCACCAGCUGUCGGGCGCGGGCUCGACACUCAGCCCGAUGAGCACGAACGCGGUCACGAGCCACCUGAACCAGUCCCCGGCGUCCAUCUCCACCCAGGGCUACGGGACGUCCGGCCUGGGCUUCAACUCCACAGCAGACUGCCUGGAUUACAAGGACCAAGCGGCGUCGUGGAAGCUGAACUUCAAUGCCGAUUGCUUGGAUUAUAAGGAUCAAACUUCCUCGUGGAAAUUCCAGGUCCUGUGAACACAGCAAUCGGCUGUUUGAAAAAGAAAAAGAAAAGUGCACAAACAGUGACGAUCACAUCAGACACAGUGCUGCCAUCCCUCAAUAAAAAACCCAUCAGACUGGUUGAAAUGUGAGCCGGGCUCGGCGAGGCUGGGCUCGCGGGGCCUCGAGGUUUUGUUUUUUGGCAUGAUGGUCUUUGGUCCUCCUAGAGGAGGAGAGGUUUAAUUUAUUUUAACACUGGCAAAGAGAUCCCCCCCCCCCGUGUUCAUUCACAGGUUGUAGCCCCUCAUCCACAUCUUUGUCUGUGUGCCUCUGCGCGUAAAAACACCUGUUGAGGGACAACACACAGAGUGAACUCUGACAGGAGAGACAAGAAACACCACCAGCCACGGAACUAAUGUCUGUCCCAGAACACGACUCCACUCCGUCCCUCCGGUGAAGUGCCCAGGACGGGCUUCUGACUGGAGACAGAGACACGAGGAUGGUGUGUGUGUGUGUGUGUGUGUGUGUGUGUGUGUGGACAUGGAUGCACUACUUUAUUUAAGAAAAAAAAAGUGUUUAUAAGGAAUCAAUAUGUAGUUUCUAAGAGACAAUCAGUGUGUGUCUUAUAUAAAUGGUACAUAUGUGUUUUUUUGUUUUGUUUUUUAAUCUGUGCUAGCCUUCGAAACUGUGAUCUGUUGUAUUGUAUGCAAUGUGUGAGCCCCCCCCCCCCGCAUCAGACUCUCUGCUGUGAUUUUAAUAGAUUUCUAACUUUUUUUUCCUCCCACACCCUAAACAACAAAAAAGAUGCUAAUGGUUAAAUCGCUGCGGCAUCACAAAGAGAGAGACGAGACUUUCCAAGCACACGGUGGUAGUAAGAAUUAAGGGUUAGCCAUACUGGAAAAGACUCCGCAUCUGCUGCCCUCCACUGAUCUCAACACACGGCGACUGUGGAUCCUUUACUGGCUCCAAACAUGGUGUGACCUCACCGCUGAAAAGACACGAAUAAAGGUCCUGUGAGCUUA